AUGCAGACAAAGCUAACAGUAAUCGUAGCUGUUACAUUUACAUUAACAUACUGCAAUAAACAUGUGGUCAGUUUUAUUUGCUUGACCACAACUGUUCGAAAAUUUGAAUACACGGAAUAUGAAACUUUACACUUUCUUGUUCGUCUAUCAGAAGGAAGAGUAUAUCACAAACAAAAUGUUCAAAGAGAGAAGAUCUUUAUGAGAAGCUCUGCAUUCCACGAAUAUUGCUAA